AAUUUUGAUUUCUCGUUUUUAUUAGCUUGCUCUUGUUUUCUAUUUUGGGUUUUCUUGCUUGUAUAAGAUAUUUACUGUUCUUGACUCUCCCAAUCUAGUUCUGGUUUGUAUGCCGAGAAGCAAGAACAAUUAUAGCGUUCAGAGGCUAAAAUUACUUGUAGCUUAGGCUCAAGGAUUUUGUGCCUUGAUCAUGUUAAAUUUUAUUUAUUUCUUUUUGUUAAGGCGGUGUCAUGCUAUAGGGUGAUACAUAAAUCAAAUGGUUGAGUUCAAGUAUAAUGGCGAGAUAAACUGGAGGUGAGGUAGUUGAUCAGGCAUCUGUAAGAUUUAAGUUGCCGGGCCUGUUCUCUACGUGAUGUGUCAUUAAAUUUUACUUUUUAUGCCACAACUUACAAACCAUGAUGUUAGAUUUUAAGAUUGUUGAUAAACUACUGGGAAAAAAAGUUGUAAUCUAUCAAAAUUGAAAGUUUUGUGGCAAUUUUGAAAGGUAUUUGACAUUCUUUAAUUAGCUGGAUUAUGUCAAGUUCUAUUUAGAAUCUUGAGUAUCUAGCUAGCUUCCUAUUAUUCAGUCAUUCUCCUGCUCUAUUGAUUAGUAAAGUUAAAGCAUUUAGAAUCUGGAGUAUUUAUCCUGAUUGUUUUUUUUUUCAAAGUUGUAACAGUGUUGUUAUUGGAUUGAAUCCAGUCCCUGCUUGUACAAAUUUGAAUCUCAUCGUAUGAAAUUCCCAGUGAUCUUACUUGUCUUCUCUAUCUUGGCAUGGACUUGCACAGCCAGAUGCAACUUACCUGGUUGAGAAUUGUUGCUGCUGUGCCUGUCAAUUUAUCAACUGAUUGGGAAGGUGGUUAUUUUCCUCUUACACUCAACUUCAGUGAAGAUUAUCCUAGCAAGCCACCAAAGUGUAAAUUUCCUCAGGGUUUCUUCCACCCUAAUGUAUAUCCAUCUGGAACUGUUUGCUUGUCAAUCCUUAAUGAGGACAGUGGAUGGAGACCAGCCAUCACAGUGAAGCAGAUUCUUGUGGGUAUCCAGGACUUGCUGGACCAGCCAAAUCCUGCUGAUCCUGCCCAAACUGAAGGUUAUCAUCUGUUUAUCCAGGAUGCUGCAGAGUACAAGAAAAGAGUGCGCCAGCAAGCUAAGCAAUACCCUUCUCUUGUCUAAAUGAAAGCUAGCGUUUCUGAUUACUGUUGGUUCUUGGUAACUGUCCGUUGUCUGCAAUUGUGUGAUGCUGAACUUGUUUUUCCUGGUUAUAGUUGGAACUUGGUAAAUGUUGAUGGCCUUCGUAUCCUACUGCAUGGUUGAACUUCUGUUUUGUCCCAAAUUUGAUUCCUUUUAAUAUUUUACAGCACACUAGUUAGGGAAUGAUACCUGUUCGUGUUUAUAUCAGAUAGAAAUCUAAUGAUCCUCCUGAGCGUAUUUCUGUAAUGAAUGCCAAACAAGAGAAAAUUUGGAUUGCCACUAUAGUUUAAGAUAAAAGGCUUCUUAUUCUCCACUGUUA